UAUGAGAAAAAAUUUGGCUUUGAAGAAAUGAAAAAAAAAAAAAAAGGUGUUUAAUGACAAUAUAUACCGAAACGACUUCGUCGAGAGCUAAAUGUCCAAAGUAGUUUAUAAAAGAAAAAGGAGUCAAAACCUAAUGGUUUGGGAAGAGGUGUGGACAAUAGAGUGAGGUUUGGGUUUCAGGUAUGGUUUCAGGCUUGGUUUUUUCUUCAGUUUUGUUCUGUAAAUAGCCGUUAAAGCCAAAGUUUGGCCUUCCCUCCCUCCCCUCCGCGCAGUCAAACCAAUAUAAAAGAAAAACCCAAAGCUUGCUACAACCAUGGCUUCUCCUCUAAGACUCUCUCUUUCUCUUUGUCUUUCUCUUUCGCAGCCAAAAACAGCGACGCGAAAGAAGAAAUUGCUGAAUUAAAAGGAUGGGGAGUAAGCUUCCAGUCCAACACUAGACUAAUUCCUUUGUAGCCGCUUCUCUUCACGAUCUCAACACCGUUGAUUCUCGCCCUUCUGAAAUCGACGCCAUUGAUGCUGCUGAUGCCUUGGAUCACCAUGAUAACGAUCACCACGAUUCCACUACUGUUCAGUGUAUGCGUAUAUCUUAUAAAAAUUCUUUGCCAAUUCACGGCGUUCGAGCGGAGGAUGAGGAUCGGUAUAGCUUAGACAAUAGCGACUCUUCCAGAGGAGCUUUCAGUAUUUUGACAAUUGAAGAUGUUUUGCCUAUUGAAUCAGCAAGGGCCAGAAUUUUGCAAAUCAUAGUGGAUCAUUUUAUUAAUGACCAUGUGAUUGAAGUGGUUGAUAAUGAGUUACCUGCUGACUACAAUGCUCAGUCAGGACAAGACAAACUCAGUAAGGGAAAGACAAGAGAUGUACAAUAUGAAGGCGAUCAUAGGUUCGCUUUGCCCUUAAUGUAUGUUGCUAAUUUGUAUGAAACUUUAGUUAAUGAUGUAAACUUGAGGCUUGCUUACUUGAAUGGCAUUCGCGAUAAGACUAUUGGGUUAGUCCUUGAAGCUGCAGGUGGUUUGUACAGAAGAUUGGCAACAAAUUUUCCUAAAAAAGGUAGUUUUAUAUAUAAAAGAAGAGAACUUACAACUUCCCUUGAAACAAACAGGUUUCCAGAAUUAGUUAUACAAGAAGAAAACCGAGUUCGUUUAGUGGUAGUCAGUGGUUUGGAUAUGGUUGAGAGGCCAAAUAAUGUGCCUAUUGAAGAUGCUGAGUGGUUUAGAUGACUAACAGGUUGGAAUGAGGUUGCUAUCUCUGCUCGAGACUAUAAGUUUUAUUCUCCAAGGCAUAAGUGUAGGCAUGUUCCAUCAAACACAGUACCCAACAUCCCUUCUUUGCCUACAUUCUCCAUCACUGAUAGUUCUUCUCCAACUUCUAAUGCUCAGGGGUUUCACAUUGUCAUUGAAAAUCAGCAGCAGACUCCUUCCAAGCAUCAUAUACCACCAAUGUCUCAUCAGCACCAAUUUCAUCCUAUUCACCAGAACCAUCAUCAACCAGUUCACCAAAAUCAACAUGCAGCUCAUUUCCCCCCGAAUCAUCAAUGUGGGCAACCAUCACACUUACCUGAAAUUAAUCAUGCUCACCAGUCACCAACCCUGUCUCAACAUAUAGCUUGCUUACAACCCCUAACAGCAGGUCAUGUUGGAGCACGCUUGCAUGUUAUGCCUAUAAGUCCAGCAAAAUUCUGUGAUGAAGGUGGGGCACCUUAUCGAAGGGAAACAUCCAAGUUCUGCUCAGGAUGUGGCAUAAAGAUGGUUAGGGAUAUGAUGCGGUUCGUUCUUCGUGAAUACCCAAAGUCUUGGUGAUAUUCUUUAUUAUACUGUCUGAUGUUGAAUUUUGGUUGUUUCCAUAUAUCAUUCAGUCAUGUAACCAAGUAGUGUUUCCCCAUUUCUUUUUUAUAAUAAUAUAGG